ACAAUAUUUGACGACCGGUUUGGCCUAGUGGGUAGUGACCCUGCCUACGAAGCUGAUGGUCCCGGGUUCAAAUCCUGGUAAGGGCAUUUAUUCGUGUGAUGAGCAUGAAUAUUUGUUCCUGAGUCAUGGGUGUUUUCUAUGUAUUUAAGUAUUUAUAUAUUAUAUAAUAUAUAUCGUUGUCUAAGUACCCUCAACACAAGCCUUAUUGAGCUUACUGUGGGACUUAGUCGAUUUGUGUAAUAAUGUCCUAUAAUAUUUAUCAAUUUAAUAUUAUUUUCUUCCCAAGUUCUAAAUCAUCAUUAUGACUCGGUGUUUAAAAUUAAUUAUAAUUCACAGCUCAAAAUACCACCUCGAGUGUAAUGAUCAAUAGCACAAGUAAUGUAAAUAUUUAAAAAAAAACUAUAAAGCCAGCAGCGACCCGCAUGCACACAAAUAGGUCGCUAAAAGCCAAUCUGAAAUUAACUUGUCGGUAAAACAAGUUGCUAUGAAAUUUUUUGGUCCCUACCUAAAUGAGUGAGCGUUGGAGUUUGCUUUAAAUUCAACUCGUUCGUGGAGUUGAGUACCUAGUUUCAUUUUUUGCAGGUGUUGCCAGUUUAUGAAGUUGCUUUUAGAAAUAGGGAAGAGCGAAACGGUUUACCUGUGCCCUAUAAAACUCAUCCAACUAUGUAAACUUUCAGCUCAGCGUUGAUCAGUCAGUCACUCAGGACACACACAACAUAUAAUAAAAAAUAUCAACAUCAUAAACAAUUGGGUAAUGAAACCCCCGGGGCUACAUUGCAACACGCACUUGACGAUAAGACGAAGUUAACCAAAAGCCACGGUCAGUUUGCCGUACAAUAGAAGCCAAGGUCCACGAUGGUGAUCUGAGGGGUGCAGUUCGUAUCUUGUUGUCGGACUCAACACUGGCUCCAUCUAAUGCUGAAACUUUAAGGGCUUUAAUGGACAAGCAUCCUCCGCCAUCCAGACCGCUGGUGUUCCCACCUGAGCCAGAUUUGUCCACCCCGUUCCUCACGGUCUCAGUGCCAGACGUAACUAAUGCCAUUGGGUCCUUUUACAGCGGUUCCGCUUCUGGCUUAGAUGGUCUUCGGCCUCAACAUUUUAAGGAGCUCACCUCUCAUUGUGCUGGGGAUAAUGGGCCUAGAUUGCUCGAGUCGCUGACUAAGCUAUCCAACUUUCUUCUACGCGGCAUGCUUAAUCCCCAGGUUAGUCCCUAUCUUUAUGGAGCGUCUCUAUGUGCUUUGGAAAAAAAGGAUGGGGGAAUUAGGCCAAUAGCCAUUGGGACCACGAUUAGGCGACUGGUUGCCAAGUUGGGUUGUCGUGCUGUUAGGGAUGAGAUGGCAACCUUCCUUCAACCAUGUCAAGUGGGUUUUGGUACGCCGUUGGGAUGUGAAUCAGCGAUCCAUGCAACUAGGCAUUUUGCCAUGGCGCACGAACAUAGUGACACAGUCAUUGUAAAAUUGGAUAUAAAGAAUGCCUUUAACACUGUUGAAAGGGAUGUAAUCUUAAAAGAAGUUAAAAAUCACACUCCGUCACUAUACCCUUUCCUGUUUCAGUGUUAUUCUUCCCCUAGCAACCUUUUUUAUGAUGGCAGUGAGAUCGCUUCGCAGGUCGGUGCUCAGCAAGGCGACCCUUUGGGCCCUCGCGUUUUUUGCCUAGCAAUGCAGAGUGCAAUCACGGCUUUGGAAUCACCCUUGAAUGUUUGGUAUCUCGACGAUGGCACUAUAGGGGGUGGUUCUGGAGCCGUCCUUGAUGAUAUCGCUAGGCUCUUGCCGGCGUUGCGGUCCCUCAGUUUGGAAAUUAAUUCCUCGAACGCCACGAUAGGGCACGCGCCGCGCGCGUCAGCCCGCAGCUCGCGGCGCACCGCCACCAACGUGCCGCCACCCCGCGUCACCCCUAACCUCUCACAGUCUCGGUCUGUCCUGUACACGUUGUACCGCGAAUCAAACAAUUCUGAGUCACAAAUGCCAGGAACCAGCCACGUUUCAGUAAUACAUAUGAAGUCGUAA